GAGAGUCAUGCCAGCCAUUGGGACGGGACUAAAACGCACGUGAUCACAUAAUUUAGGCGCGGCACCCGGGAAAAUCGGAUCUUCAGUGAUUUCUUCUGCGAAUUUCAGAGCCAUAGUAACCCAUUAGAGGCAAGAUUAUCAUCAUGGCGGUCACCGAACGCGUUGUGAUGGUGUUGGUGCUAGUUUGGGGGACACAGAUGCAAUAUGGUGUUGCAGUUACCACUAAAAGACUGGUCGUCCAAGAAGGUCAAUCUGUGGAGUUUCCAUGUGAUCUACGGUACUACACAGGGAGGGAUUUUUACUGGGUCAGGGUGAGACCUGAUGUGACAGUAAUCUUGAAAAGAACUGCAGAUUCUCCACUUGAUGAGUUUAUAUUGAGAAACCAGUACAGGAAUCGUACUGACAUAAGACUGAAAGGCCCAAAUGGUACAACACUCCAGAUGGUGGUAAGAAGGGAGGAUGAGGCCACCAAUGGUGUUUACAUCGAGUGCCAGCAGCCACAAAGCUUGCAAGAGGACAAGAGAAAAACUCGAUAUGAGCUUGUUGUGACAUUGCCUCCAGACCCACGUGCCCCCACCAUCACCGGCUACAACGGAGAAUUCCUGGAAUCAGGCUCCAGCUUGACCCUGACAUGUGUCUCCACGGGAGGGAAACCUCCGUCCGAUCUCACCUGGUGGAGAGAUGGCAGACAGCUGACAGCCAGCCACAGUCAUACCACAGAUAGUACAGGGCAGGGUAACGCCACCAGCAUACUUGACAUCCCAGCUCUGCAGCCGGCAGACAACGGUGGAGCGUACCAGUGUCGGGCCAGUCAGCUGGCUCUGUCACAGGUCGAGAUCAGUCAGGUUACUCUGCGCAUGGCAUUUCUUGAAGACACCACCAUUACUGGCUACACUGCUGAGACUGCUGUAGACUCCGGUACUACCCUGACCCUGACCUGUACCUCUGGCAGCAGUAACCCUGCAGCUACCAUCACAUGGAGCAGGGAUGGAGGUUCAGCCUUCACUGGUACCAACAACAGGGAACAGGCAGGGAACUAUGGAGGCAUGGUGACGUCACAGGACCUGGCGAUCUCCUUACAACCUCAGCACAAUGGAGCCCAGUACACCUGUAGGGCUACUAACUCUGAGCUGAGUGUGCACAGGGAGAGCUCUGUGGGGCCGCUCAAUGUCAGAGGUAAGUAA